AGUAUUAGUGAUUGUUUAGACAGACGUCGGGGUAAGUAAAUAUUGCAGCUUUGGAUAUUUAAAGAAAUGGAAGCUUCACUGUUGAUAACCGAUGUCACCUUGCUCGUUAUUAUUUGAAUAUACAUUUUAUAAACUGCACUUACAUGAAGAACGAGGAAGUCGAUUGUUCGCCUUACUAGUGAUGAGGUUGCCGCUAUCAGUAUCACUGUUAAAAGUAAAACAACGGUUAAAGUAAACUGAAAUUGUGAAAAUAGGACACAGAAAAACAUCUUUCGACAGCAGAGAAUCUGAUGUAUGGUGAACCGUACGUUUCCCUUCCGUUUUCUGGUUUGAUUUUUGUCUUUUAUUAUUAUAUUUUUGAUUUAUGCAAUGUUUACCACGCGACUAAACCUGCCUGUAACUUCUCUUGUUAAUGUUAAGGAAACAGCUCCAUGUGGUGGCCGCAAGUAUUUGACAAAAGUAAUGGCGGUCUGUUAUCAUAGUUCAUCACCUGGGUUUUUUAUUUAGCACAUAAUCACUUGAUCGUAUAAUGUGGAGAAGCAAGGUUGUGAACAUAAUAUUUGGUGUUGUGAUUUGUUUAAUGUUUAAAACAAAAAAUGAGUGAAGCUUGACGUUACGGAUAAUGAAGUUAUUGUUCAAUGGUGAUCAAAUUAUAUGGGAUUUAAGCAGUUUUCUAGAAAAAUAAAAAUGAAAUAGCAAUAGCCAGUAAAACGUAUUAUUUUGCCACUUUCAGUCUUUUUUUUUUCAAGUCAGUAAUAACCAGGCUUUUGGACAGAAUGAACAGUAAGUUAAAAUAUGUUCAUUUUAACUAUCAUUUUUACUGUAAAGGAGACAAUUUAAAUGAGUGAAAUAUAACUUUCGUUUUAUCCAAUUCGGUGUGGAGAAAACUAUUAUCCACUACUAGUCGGAACUUACUUGUUUACUCGGCUUAAACGUACAAAAGACCGGGAACGUAGAAGAUGGCCUACAGACGGAAAACUGGGUGCCGUAAUGGACAAGCAAUCAGUACCGAAGAUGGGCCUCAUCUCAUCGUCUACAAAAAGAUGGAGGACAUAAUUGAGAAGAUGCAAGAUGAACAGACUGGAGUUCUUGUUAGAACUGUGAAAAGCUUCAUGACCAAGAUUCCAAGUGUUUUCACUGGUGCUGACAUGGUAACCUGGAUGAUGAGAAACUUGGGCAUAGAAGACCAAGUGGAAGCCCUCCAUCUGGGUCACUUAAUGGCAGCUCAUGGUUAUUUCUUCUCUAUUGAUGAUCAUGUUUUGACUCUCAAAGCUGAUGGAACCUACUACAGGUUUCAGACCCCUUAUUUUUGGCCCUCAAACUGCUGGGAACCUGAAAACACAGAUUAUGCUGUCUACUUGUGUAAGAGAACCAUGCAAAAUAAGACAAGACUGGAGCUGGCAGACUAUGAGGCUGAAAAUUUAGCACGUCUCCAAAAAAUGUUCUCUAGGAAGUGGGAAUUUAUUUUUAUGCAAGCUGAAGCACAAGCUAAGUAAG